AUGAGUGUUAAACUCAACGGUGAUAUAUCUCAAAAUGGGGUAAGUUAUGGUAAAAUGGUUACUUCUAAUAAUAUGGAACAAAAUUUAAAAUGUUUACGUGUUCAACGUGAUGCUGUACAUGAUCCUAGUAUGCAAGCAGAAUGGGCAAAAAAACGACUUGUUUGGGUACCACAUGAGAAAGAAGGUUUUGUUGCUGGUUCAAUAAUUGAGGAUCAUGGUGAUGAUGUAGCUGUUGAAAUUUUAGAAACAAAUAAAAAGAUAAGAUUAAGUAAAGAUGAUUGUCAAAAGAUGAAUCCACCAAAAUUUGAUAAAGUUGAAGAUAUGGCUGAUUUGACAUGCUUAAAUGAAGCAUCUGUUUUACAUAAUUUAAAAGAACGUUAUUAUUCUGACCUUAUUUAUACAUAUUCUGGACUUUUUUGUGUUGUUGUUAAUCCAUAUAAACGUCUUCCAAUAUAUUCUGAUAACCUUAUUGAGACAUAUAAAGGAAGAAAACGUAAUUUAAUGCCACCACAUAUUUUUGCUAUUGCUGAUGAAGCAUAUAGAUCAAUGUUAUCAGAACAAGAAGAUCAAUCUAUUUUAUGUACUGGAGAAUCUGGUGCUGGAAAAACUGAAAAUACUAAAAAAGUAAUACAAUAUUUAGCACAUGUUGCUGGAGCAACAAGACACAGUAAAGAUAGUACACUUUCAAAGGGUGAACUUGAACAACAACUUCUACAAGCUAAUCCAAUAUUAGAAGCAUUUGGUAAUAGUAAAACAGUUAAAAAUGAUAAUAGUUCAAGAUUUGGUAAAUUUAUACGUAUUAACUUUGAUACAACUGGAUUAAUAUCUGGUGGAAAUAUUGAAUUUUAUCUUUUGGAAAAAUCACGUACAUGUCGUCAGGCAUUAGAUGAACGUUCAUUUCAUGUUUUUUAUCAACUUCUUAAAGGUGCUACAAUUCAAGAAAGAAAUAAUUUUCUUUUACUUGAAUGUGAUGAGUAUAGAUAUUUAAAUAAUAGUUAUAUUAGUCUUCCUAAUGUUGAUGAUGCUUCUGAGUAUCAAAAUACAAUAAAAUCAAUGCAGAUAAUGGGAUUUCAAAAAGAUGAAAUUGAAUCAAUAUUUAGAAUAGUUAGUGCGGUUUUAUUAUUUGGAAAUAUUGAAUUUAUACAAGAAAAAAAAUCUGACCAAGCAUUAUUUGCUGAUGAUAGUAUUGUACAAAAAGUAUGUCAUUUAUUAGGAAUUAAUCUUCAAGAAUUUAAUAAAGCUCUCCUUAGACCAAAAAUAAAAGUUGGUCGUGAAUAUGUUCAUAAAACACAAAAUAAAGAACAAGCAGAAUUUUCUAUUGAAGCUAUUAGUAAAGCAUGUUAUGAAAGGAUGUUUAAAUGGUUAGUUCAAAGAAUUAAUAAAUCAUUAGAUAGAACAAGAAGGCAAGGUGCAUCAUUUAUUGGAAUUUUAGAUAUUGCUGGAUUUGAAAUAUUUCAAAUUAAUAGUUUUGAACAAAUAUGUAUUAAUUAUACAAAUGAAAAACUUCAACAACUUUUUAAUAAUACAAUGUUUGUCUUAGAACAAGAAGAAUAUCAAAGAGAAGGAAUUAAUUGGACAUUCAUUGAUUUUGGUUUAGAUCUUCAACCAACAAUUGAUCUUAUUGAAAAACCAAUGGGAAUUUUAGCACUUCUUGAUGAAGAGUGUCUUUUUCCAAAGGCAACUGAUAAAAGUUUUGUUUCUAAAUUAACACAUAAUCAUGAAAAACAUCAAAAAUUCCUUAUUCCUGAAAUGAGAGCUAAAAGUGAUUUUGCUAUAAUUCAUUAUGCUGGACGUGUAGAUUAUAGUGCAGAUCAAUGGUUAAUGAAAAAUAUGGAUCCAUUAAAUGAAAAUGUAGUUAAUUUAAUGCAAGUUUCAAAUGAUAAUUUUGUUGUUAGUAUUUGGAAGGAUGCUGAAUUUGCUGGUAUGAGUGCUGCUGAGACAAAUGAAACAGCAUUUGGUGCUAGAACAAGAAAAGGAAUGUUUAGAACAGUUUCUCAAGUAUAUAAAGAACAAUUAGUAAGAUUAAUGACAACAUUAAAAAAUACAGAUCCACAUUUUGUAAGAUGUAUUAUUCCAAAUCAUGAAAAAAAACCUGGAAAAGUUGCUUCAUUACUUGUAUUAGAACAACUAAGAUGUAAUGGUGUUCUUGAAGGUAUUAGAAUUUGUCGACAAGGUUUUCCAAAUAGAAUACCAUUCCAAGAUUUUAGACAUAGAUAUGAAAUUCUUACACCAAAUAUUAUACCAAAAGGAUUUAUGGAUGGAAAAGAGGCUGUUAAAAGGAUUAUUGAAGCUCUUGAAAUUGAUCCAAAUAUUUAUAGAAUUGGACAAUCAAAAAUAUUUUUCCGAGCUGGUGUAUUAGCACAAUUAGAAGAGGAUCGUGAUAUUAAACUUACAGAUCUUAUUAUUCGUUUUCAAGCUGUAUGUCGUGGAUAUUUAGCAAAAAAACGUUAUCAAAUGAGAAUACAACAAUCUAAUGCAAUUAGAGUUCUUCAAAGAAAUGGAUUAUCUUGGCUUAAACUUAGAAACUGGCAAUGGUGGAGACUUUUUACAAAAGUUAAACCUUUAUUACAAGUAACAAAUAAAGAAGCUGAAAUAUCAGCUAAAAAUGAAGAAUUAAAAAUAAUUCAAGAGAAACUUGAAAAACUUAUGAGUGAAAAUGAAGAUAUAAAGAAUCGUCAAUCACAAUUGUUAUCAGAAAGACAAUCACUUCAAAGUCAAAUCCAACAAGAAACUGAUGAAAAAGCAGAAAUUGAAGAAAGUUUUAUAAUGAUAAAAAAUCGUCAUGAAGAGUUAAGGCAAGCAUAUGAUGAAUUAAGUAAUCGUUGUGAAGAAGAAGAACAAAAACUUCAAUUUUUAGAAAAUGAGAAAAAGAAGUUAGAAGAAACUAUAAGAGAUUUAGAAGAACAACUUGAGGAGGAAGAACAAUUAAGACAAAAGAUUCAAAUUGAUAAGUCAAAUAUUGAUAAUAAAUGGAAACAAGCAGAAGAACAACUUGCUGAACUCCGUGAUUCUUAUGAAAAAGUUGUAAAAGAGAAAAAGAUUUGUGAUGAAAAAUUAAAUCAGUUAAGUCAUAAAUUUAUUGAUGAAGAAGAUAAAGCUAAAACAUUCCAAAAACAAAAGUCAAAACUUGAAAUUCAACUUCAAGAUGUUGAGCAAGAACUUAAAACUGAACGUGAAAAUCGUUUGGAGACUGAUAAGAUAAGACGUCGUCUUGAAAAUGAAUUACAUGAACAUAAAGAAUUUAUUGAGGAAAAAAGAUGUAAACUUGAAGAACUUAAUCAACAACUUAUUAAGGCAGCUGAAGAAAAUGCUAGAAUAUUAGCAAAAUCUGACGAGGAUUUAAAUAAUUUUAAUAAUCUUCAAAAACAAAUAAGAGAUUAUGAAAUUCAGAUUGAGGAACUUAAAGAUGAUUUAGAAAGUGAGAAAGAAGCACGUAGUAAAGCUGAUCGUGCUAGACGUGAUCUUUCAGAUGAAUUAGAAACUCUUAAAACUGAAUUUAUUGAAGCAACAGAUAAAUCAGCCAUCAGUCAAGAAAUACAAAAAAAGAAAGAUAAAGAGAUGCAAUUUCUUCAAAAACAGCUGGAGCAACAAGCUCAAUUAAAUAAAGAAAAACAUGAUGAAAUGAAACAACAGCAUCAAGAACAGUUAGAUUUAUUAAGAGAUGAACUUGAUCAAGUUAGUAGACUUCGUUCACAAAUGGAGAAAGCUAAAAGUAAUGCUGAAAGACAAAAUCAAUCAUUACAAGAAGAAUUAGAAUCUAUUAUGCACCAAAAACAAGAAGUUGAAAAAAAAAGAAAAAAUUUAGAAAACAUAAACACUGAUUUACAAAUUAAAUUUAACGAACUCGAAGGUUAUAAUAAUAGUCUUGUAUUGGAGCAUCAAAGGCUACAACAAGAGUAUGAUCUUUUAUCUAAACAAAAAGAGAGUGACGAAACAAAUGUUUCUUUAAUGGAAAGAAAAAUGACUAAUCUUGAACUUCAAAUUAAAGAAGCUAAUGAUGCAUUACAUGAUGAAACAAAACAAAAACUUUCUCUACAAACACGUGUACGUCAACUUGAAGAAGAAUUAUUCAAUGCAGGUGAAAGAGAAGAAGAAAUAAGACAAUAUAAAAUUCAAAAUGAACGUGAAAUAAAUAAUUUAAAACAACAGUUACAGGAAUAUAAAAAGAAUGCAGAAGAAGUUUCAUUACAACAAUUUGAAGAUCUUAAAAAGAAACAUCAGAGAGAGUUAGAAAAUGCACAAAAAACUACUAGUGAUGCAGAAGCUGCAAGAGAUCGUUCUGAGAGAUCUAAAAGAAAGAUUCAAGAAGAAUUGGAAGAUGUCACAAUUGAACUUGAAUCUGUACGUACUAAUCUUAGAGAAAUUGAGAAAAAACAACGUAAAUUCGAUCAACAAUUAAAUGAAGAAAAAGUUAAUUAUCAAAAUGCUAUAAAUGAUAAAGAAAUAUUAGCACAAGAAUGUCGUGAAAAAGAGACAAAAAUAUUAACUUUAACACAGGCAUUAGAUGUUGCUAAAGAUGAUUUAGAAACAAGUGAGCGUAUUAAAAAACAACUUCAACUUGAAUUAGAUGAUUUAAUAUCAAGUAAAGAUGAUUAUGGAAAAAAUGUUCAUGAAUUAGAGAAAGCUAAACGUCAACUUGAGGCUGAAUUGUUAAAUUAUAAAAUACAAGUUGAAGAACUUGAUAAUAUGGUUCAGGAUCAUGAUGAUGCUCGUUUAAGAUGGGAUGUUAAUUUACAAGCUAUGAAAACAGAAUUUGAAAGAACUCUUAGUAGUAAGGAACAAGAUGCUGAAGAGAAACGAAGACAACUCCAAAGAACUAUAAGAGAAUUAGAGGAAGAAUUAGAGAAUGAAAGAAGAAAUAAAUUAAGUGGAAGUAAUCAACGUAAAAAAUUAGAAGCACAGCUUCUUGAAAUGGAGCAUCAAUUAGAAGGAUCAAAUAAAUUGAAAGAUGACUAUGGAAGACAAAUUAAGAAACUUCAACAGAUGUUACGUGACACGUCACAAGAAUUAGAAGAAGUUAGACAAAAUCGUGAAGAUGCUAAUGGGCAAUUGAAAGAAGCUGAACGUAGAAUACGUGUGUUUGAAAGUGAACAUCAGGGAAUGAUUGAACAAUGUAAUAAUCUUCUUGCUUCUAAGAGAAAUCUUGAAGCAGAAAUUGCUGAACUCGAAGAGCUUCAAAACAAAGGAGGUAAUUUUACAUCAGAAGAAAAAAGAAGAUUUGAAAAUAGAAUAUCUCAACUUGAAGAAGAUUUAGAAGAAGAACAAAAUAAUGUUGAACUUGCACAAGAUAAAUUAAGAAAAACACAACUUCAAUUGGAACAAUUAACAACUGAUUUAUCAAUGGAACGUAAUCAUUCACAAAAAAUUGAAAAUGAAAAACAAAACCUAGAAAAAGUUAAUAAAGAAUUAAAAUCUAAAAUAACUGAAAUAGAAAAUACUUCUCAAUCUAGAUCACGUUAUCAACUUAAUAAUCUUGAAGCUAAAAUAGCAUAUCUUGAUGAACAGUUAUUGGCUGAAUCUAAUGAAAGGGCAAAUGUUUCCAGACAACUACGUCGUUUAGAAAAACGAUUAGCUGAAGCAACACUUCAAUUGGAUGAAGAAAGGAAAGCAUGUGAAGCAGCUAAAGAGGUUGCUGAAAGAGCAAAUAUUAAACAACGUCAACUUCGUAGACAAAUGGAUGAAUUUGAAGAAGAAUUAUCAAGAGAAAAAACUAAAUCACGUGCUUUGCAAAGAGAAUUGGAUGAUGUUAAUGAGGCUAAUGAAUCUUUAAAACGUGACAACAGUCAAUUACGUGCUUCUGUAGCAUCUCGUCGAACAAAUCUUUUAAAUCGCCCAUACUCAACUAGUAGAAGUACAUUAGUACCUACAAAAACAAAUAGUAGUAGCGAUAACUUACAAAAUCAUGAUGAUGCUGAAAGUAUUGGUACAGAUGGUACAUGUUAA